AUGAGUUAUGUUUUGAACAAGCUUAAUACAAAGAAAGAUGUGGAUAAUGCGAUCAAGAGUUGUGAAGACAAAGUCCUUGUGCUGAGAUUCGGGCGAGACGCUGACACAGUUUGUCAACAGCUGGACGAUAUUGUAAGAAAAUGUGACCCGCUCAGUAUCCUUGAUGAUAAUACGGCCAUCAUUGCCUGUUUAUUUUCUUGUGAUAACUAUUUUUGCGAGCAUCAUACGCAUAGAGGUUAAAAGCAAAUUUAACUAGCCUGAAUUUCAGACAUUCUUUCGAGUUACAUACUCCUCUAAAGGACGUCAGACGUCCCUGAGAGGAUUGUGCGACUCGAAGGAAUGUCUGUAAUUCAGGCUACGGAUUUUAAAUAGUGCAUCAGUUAAUCCAGCCCAUGAUCCCCCCCACCAGGGGCUAACCCCCAGGCAUUAGCAUUUUUUUCUUCUUGAAUGUCAAUUUCCUGGGGGCUGCGACACAUGAGCGGCUAAAUGCUCUGCGGUGGGCACAAUAAAACGGGGCAAAUGCCCUGUUGUCAAUCAACACUGCAGCAGUUUUCAUUGAUCACACAGGCGAGUAGUGCCACUAAAUGCAUUUGAAUGUGCAAAAUCAGGAAAUGCGUUCAAAACUAAACAAGGGGGAUUGCUUAAGUAAUGAAAAAAUGCAUGCAUAAAAUCAAGAAAACAGGCCUUUAAAAACCAACACAAUUUUUUCCCGUCCUUGAUAGAUGAGCCAAUCUGCUUGUGUUUACUGUAAAAUCCUCUAUGUUUAGUUAUAUUUGGAGAGGAAUCCACAUGCGUAUCAAAAGCUGGGGGUUGGCCCCUGGGUUGGCAAAUGCCCAACUCCCAGGCCAUGUAAAAAUUACUAAUGACCCAACCCUGGACUGACCAUGCGAGAAUAUGCUCCGCAGUAGCGGGGGGUGGGGGGAGGGGAUGGGCACAGCUGGAAUUGGCUGAUAACUACAUCAGAAAAGCUUGUAGAAUUGAAGGAGUGGUCAAAUUUCUGGUCAGCGUCAAGCAUUGUUUAUCCAUGCUAUAUUAGCUCUAUUUCAUUCUUAGAGAAAAUGUAAUUUUGUCUUUUUUUUUUAAAUUUUAUAAUUCCUUACAAAGCCAAGGUUUAUAAAUUUGUCACACGCGCAGCGUGGAGAUUGCAUUUUUUUUUCAAUUUGGCAACCCAAUUAAUGCCAAUAUUCUUUGCAGUAUGCAUUUAAGAAUCAGAUAGGACAAUAAAACAAAAACGGAAGAAGAUGAGAGAAGGAGGAGUCCUCACAACAAGACAUUCGUGGCUAGUCACCCAACCAGUUCUUAGCUCGGCUCAGCGCACCCAAACUUGAGUGCCUUAUCGAAGAGGGUUUGCGAGACACAUUUUUCUAGUAUAUGAUUACAAGUUUGAAGCAAAAGAAAAUAAAAUUAAUCCAAGAAUAAAAUGAAUCCUUGAAAUAUCCAGACCAAACUGAAACGUUUUUGUACUGUAAUGUAUGACUAAUGUUAAUUUAUAUGUGAUAAAAUGUGAUAUUUUAGAGAUUUAGCGUGACGUUUGCUUUAAAUGCCAAAUAUCAGAUUCAAGCUCAGAAUUUCUCAAAAUAGAAAACGUGCUUCAAAAAACAGUCCAAAGCGAUUGCUAUAGGCAAAAGUGACGUAAAUGUACUAAUUUUUGGGUAGAAGUAAUGCACAGUAAGAGACAUUUUAAGGGAAAACUUGGUCAUGUGUUACAAACAUUAUUUCACAUUUGCCGUGUGCCGUAAACAUGACUGUAAAUCUCUCUAUUUUAAUGCCUUAUUUUACCUUGACAACCUAGCUGGCCAAGACUUCUCAUGAUGUUUCUCGCAUGGCUGAUAUAUUCAUUGUGGAUGUAGAUGCAGUGCCUGUCUAUACACGCUAUUUUGAUAUCUCUCUGAUACCAUCUACUGUGUUUUUCUUUAAUGGACAACACAUGAAAGUAGACUAUGGGUAAGACUUUGUUAUAGUGACUGAAAAUUUAUUAAAGAGGUUAUGUGCCUAUCAGCAGCUAUCCUGGGUGGUCAGCUGUGGGGACAUACGCAGGCAUCAGGUGGGAUUUGUUGAUAGUUGCUGCAACUUUUUAGUAGAGGACAUGGGGAUUAGAUCACUUUCGCACUUUGCUGUACAAUCCCCGCGGAAAGACCCAAAGCAUUUUGAAUACACCUACCAGUCGAGAAGGAAAAUAUUAAUUAAUAAUAUUAUUAUCAUUCUUGGGUGGCAGGAUUUCUGAACAUCUUUGUGCAAAUGCCCGGGGUUCCCCUGCUUGCCCCACCACCUGGUAUGGCCGCUGAUAAGUGCAUUAAUCAUUGCAUUUACUGCAAAUAGGAAACAGCAAAUACCUCAAGUUCAACAACCUAUGAAAUGUUUUCAGAGAGCAACCAAAAUAACUGAUGGGUUUAUUAUUUUUUUUCAUGCAGUAGACGAGUAAAAAAAGGUUGAAUUUUUUUAGAUUUAUUUUAAAAGUCUGUUUUGUAUUUUAUCUUUACAAUUUUCUUAAUUUCUUAUUCCUUUUUUUUUUUCUCAGCACACCUGACCACACAAAAUUUAUUGGAAGCUUCAAAACUAAACAAGAUUUCAUUGAUCUUGUGGAAGUGAUCCUGCGAGGAGCACUGAGAGGAAAACUGAUUGUAACAAGCCCCAUCGAUCCACAGAACAUUCCUAAAUACAACCUGAUAUACAAUGACAUUUAACCGUUUCACUUUUAAGGGUUAAUGUUUUACUAUUACUGUAGCAAUUUUCUGUAUGCUCAUCAGCUCCUCUAGGCUAUUGUCUUAAGAGAGAAAGCAAUGAAAAUAGCUGUCUUCUCUCUGAUCAUUAAUAGUGUUUAUAAUGAAAAGUUGGGACCAAUUUAUUGAAAUAGAGAUUAUGAAGCUAUAGAUGCGAAUUUUGUAUGUACAAAAGGAAAGCGUGAAAAGAAUCCAG